UCUAAUUGAACACCUGAGGAAACAAUAAAGACACUUAUUUACAGAUUGUCUCUGUUUGUAGCUAACGAGGCUGGCCGCCAUGGAGCUUCGGCCACUUUUGUGUAUGGUUGCCCUCUCUUGUCUGAAAAUGAUAUCAGGUUACAAUCAGACUUGCAGACAGGAUCAGUGGCAGUGUGAUGAUGGUACAUGUAUUCGUCAUUCGUGGCGAUGUGACGGCGGUUCUGACUGCAUCGACGGCUCGGAUGAAUUGGACUGCUUGUGUGGUCCAGGUGAGGCUGAAUGCGCGGACGGUUCUAGCUGUGUGAAAGUGUCUUCAGUGUGUGAUGGUCAGGCCCACUGCCCGGAUGGUUCACACGAACGGAUGUGCACCCAGAAUGCAGGGUGUCUGCCCAACGACUGGUCUUGCAAUAACGGGCUCUGCAUCCCAAUAGAACUACGGUGUAAUGGACGCAACGAUUGUGCUGACAACUCUGAUGAAGAGGCCUGUGGCCCUUGUGGGGACCCCAGACUCUGCUGCCUUGGUGGGAUUUGUUUGACGGCCACAAAGAGAUGUGAUGGAAUCACGCAGUGUUCUGAUGGAAGAGAUGAGCCUGCCUCAUGUGGUAAAAAAUGUUACGAGGCAGACGGAGGCUGCAGCCAUGCCUGUGUGGAUCAACCAUGGGGGGCUGAGUGCCACUGCCCCGCUGGCAUGCUUCUCUCUGCAAAUGGAGUUAACUGUGAAGAUUUGAAUGAAUGCUCCCAACCUUAUGGUCCAUGCCAGCAAUUGUGUAUUAACACACCAGGCACCUUUGCCUGUCGUUGCCGCGAUGGUUUUAAGAUGCAGGGUAAUACCUGUCAAGCACAAGAGAAUGUGACCAAGAUUUUGACCACCAGAAAGGAAGGCAUUGGACUGCUGAACUUGAAAACCAGGGAAAUUGAAAACCUCUAUACAGCUGACAGGAAACCCGUAGCCAUCACGUAUGAUCUGGCACGUGGCACUAUUUACUGGGCUGACCAACAGGGCCGCAUUUACAAGGCUCAAGACCAAAAGAUUAGCACACUCUAUGAUGGACAAAUGGGGAUUGGGAGUCUUGCAUGUGAUUGGCUGAAUGGGCAUUUGUAUUGGACCAGUACCGAGACAAAGUCCCUGUAUGCCGGCAGCGCUGAUGGCCGUGGUGUGGCCGUAGUAAUGGCCAAGGAUGGGACCCCUCUGGACCUGGUCUUACUGCCCACUGAGAGAAGCAUGUUUUGGAUGAACAAAGGUGAAAACGGUGGUACUACCAUUGAGAAAGCAGGCAUGGAUGGUUCCAAAAGGUUGUCUCUGGCAGUCAUCACAGCAGAAUUGCCAAGAGGUCUCACUCUAGACGUGGCUUCUCGUCGCCUCUACUGGAUCAGUGAUUUCAAAAUGUCGAUAGAGACCGUGAAGUGUGAUGGCAGUGGACGCGAUACCUUUUGGGACGUCUUCAAAGGCAAGACUGCACGCACUUUAGCUGUGUUUGAGGGGAUGUUCUACUGGGCCGAUGAGAAGUACCUUUGGCAAAUCGAUCCAAACGAACCUAAGCAGAGCAAGUUCAUUCUUAAAGCCUCCUCACCCCAUAUGAUCGUCUAUCACAGCCUUCAGCAGCCUCAAGGUGCACCUGGUCCGUGUGUUUCCUCACGAUGCCCACUGUGUCUUCUGUCCAACAUGGAGCCUGUCGGCCACACAUGUGUUUGCCCCAAGGGACUACUCUCUCAACCAGAUGGAACAUGCUCAUAUUUUAAGCUUGUGUACACUACACCGACCAGUAUGUAUAUGCUGGAGUUUGCGGAAAAGGAACCCAAAAAGAAGUUGCUGUUGAGGACCACAGACGACAUUGAGUCUUUUGAUAUUGACUGGAGAAGUGGCUCCAUCAUGUGGACCAAUGGAACAGGCCAUUUGAAGGGGCAAUGGUUUACUGGAGGGGAGCCUGUCCACAUCCCAACCCCUGCUCCUGUUUGCUUAGUGCGUGUAAGCCAACAGACUGGAAACCUGAUCUGGCGGUCUUGUGAUGCGCUCUCAUUCGGUGUCACCGGGGUGAGCAUCACCCUUCCGGAUCACAGCUUCUUCAAAACCUUAUACCAGACACGGCGAGAGGUCAAAGACCUGUAUGUGGACUGGAAAAGGGGCCUCCUGUAUUGGCUGGAAGACAGUUGUGUGCACAGCAUGACACUAUCUGGAGGGAAUGAACAGAAUGUUUUCUGUAUGGGAGAGCAAGCCUCAGGCCACCUGGCAUUCGAUAGGAGAUCCAACUCUUUUCUGUGGAACACAUUUUCAGGGUUGCACAUAAUGAGUCUUUUAAAGAUGAAGAAGUAUUCCCUGGGUAAGGGCUGGAACAUCCCAGGGACCAUAGAGGCGGCCUCUGAGCCAUACAUAGUGUCCUCUACCAGGAACACUAUCACACUGUGGGGCCGGAGAGAUGGAACACGUGUGGCUGAAGCCAACAUAGAGAAAGGCUUGGUCAGUGUGGUGGUUGCAGAAUUGGAACUAAUGUCAGGUACAACUUCCAUGAUCAGUCAAGAGCAAAGCUGCAGAUUCCCCUCAGUGUUGUGUGAGGGCACGUCCCUGUGCAUCUCCCAGGCCCAGCUGUGUGAUGGGAGGAGAGACUGUCCAGACGGAUCUGAUGAGAAGGCCUGUGUGGAUGCAUGCUCUAACCCAGAUGAAGUUGGUUGUCCCACUGUUGCUGCCAAGACCUCAAAGACCACCCCUCUAAAGUGUCGUUUUGGUUCGAAAGCGUGUCGGGACGGGAGUGAGUGUGUCCUCCUGAGCCACGUGUGUGAUGGAGAGAAGGACUGUAGAGAUGGCUCCGAUGAGGAAGACUGCGAACAGUGCCAGGAAGGCCAGUUCCAGUGUGCUAACGGGAGAAAGUGUAUCGACCAGAAGCAGGUGUGUGAUGGGAGCCCUCAGUGUCAGGACCGCUCCGAUGAGCUGGGCUGCUGGGUGCCCACAAAGAGCUGCGCUCUGCGCUGUGAACGACUGAGCCCUUAUGAGUGGCCUUUUAUAAAAUGUUUUUUUUUGUGUGCGUAAUGUUCACACACGCACAUUUUCAAUGAAAUGUAAAAGAGGUUAUAGCUGUUAUAAAGGUUAUACAGUUAUAAAGAUCUUCACAAGAUCUCAUUCUUGUCAAUCUUGCAGAGCACAAAUUAAAUGAAAAUAAUAU